AUGGAUUACGAUGCAUCAAGAAUCGGUGAAAUAGUAGAAGAUGAAGAGCAAAUUGAUCUGCCACCUGGAUUCAGAUUUCACCCUACUGAUGAAGAACUCAUAACUCACUAUCUCAAACAAAAGGUCUUCAACACUUUCUUCUCUGCCACCGCCAUUGGUGAAGUUGAUCUCAACAAGAUCGAGCCUUGGGAGUUACCAAGGAAAGCUAAGAUAGGGGAGAAAGAAUGGUAUUUCUUUUGUGUGCGAGACCGGAAAUACCCAACCGGUUUAAGGACAAACCGGGCAACUGAAGCCGGUUACUGGAAAGCCACAGGCAAAGAUAAAGAGAUUUUCAAGGGGAAGUCACUUGUGGGUAUGAAGAAGACUCUGGUUUUCUACAAAGGAAGAGCUCCUAAAGGAGUAAGAACCAAUUGGGUUAUGCAUGAAUAUCGAUUAGAAGGCAUAUAUUCUAUCCAACAUCUCUCCCAGACAGCUAAGAACGAUUGGGUUAUUUGCCGUGUUUUCCAUAAACGUGCCGAUGGUACAAAGGUUGAUAUGUCCCAUUUAAUGUUGCUUGAUUCACACGUUAACCGGAUUGAACCGGUCGGAUUACCUUCGUUGAUGGAUUCUUCUCAACGAGAUUCCUUCCCUGGUUCGUCUACUCACGUGACCUGCUUCUCCGACCAAGAAACCGAAGAUAAAAGACUCAUUCAUCUCGAGUCCAAAGACGGUUCUGGUCCUCUGUUUUACCCUGAUCCUCUGUUUCUAACAGACAAUGAUUCGCUAAUGAAACUGUUGCUUAACAGUCACGAAACCCAGUUCCCCGGUACUGGUACUGACCCCUCCGCUUUAGCCGGUAUGGGAGAAUCGGGUUGCUUUUGGAAUUUCUGA